AUGGCUCCAAUGUACAUCCUUGCAAGAGAUAACACUCCUAUGAAGACUGAAGUGGCGAUGAAGUUGCGAUUGGUUCGCACCUAUGAUAUUUAUCAAAGUAGAGAUAGUGAUGUUAUAAAAUGCAGAGAAUGCAUGUUUCACAAUGAACAGGGAGAAUAUGUUCACUUCCAUAUCCCAAAGGAUCAUCUUUGUAGUCCUAAUACUUUUGUCGAUGGAAAAGUCUACUGUAUAAAAAAUUUUGUGCCCGUAACUUAUUUCUGUACCUAUAAAACAAGCAUUCAUCCUUACAUGCUUAAAUUCUAUCAUAAGACUCUGGUGAAAGAGUACAAGGGUACAGACUACCCUAGAUUGUUAAAAUCUUUUGCAUCAUUGAAGUCCCUUGAAGGAAUUGAUCCAAAGCACCUAUUUGAUGUCAUUGGUCGUGUCGUGGAAAUUUACUCACCGUUGGAUGUAACGAUAGCAGGGAGGCCUUUGCGUCUAAUUGAUUUUCUAAUUGAGGACUCAAAUGGUAAUCAAAUGAGAUGUACUAUGUGGGACCAACAUGUUGACAAAGUGUUGCCUUAUUGGAACUCAGAUGAGCAUUACAUCCACUCGAGCUUUAGCAAUGGAACACUAGCAAACUCAUGUUAUAGUACUGGGAAGAUGGUUUUGAGUAGUAUUUCUGAUAUCUAUGAACGGAGAGAGUUCGGAGAGUACUGGGUGGCCUGUAAAAUUAAUUGUAUUGAUUCUAGCAUAUAUGAUUGGUACUAUGUCUCUUGCAAGUCUCAAGGAUGUUUCAAAAAAUUGGAUUUCAAAUAUGGAAUGUAUUUUUGCAUAAAAUGUGGUAGAAUUUUGAAUGGGGCUGUUUUAAGAUAUAAGGUCAGAAUUCGUGUCGUUGAUGUUAAUGUCGAUUAUGCUGAUUUUGAUGACCCUAUUGAUUCAUGUGUACAUUGUGGUGCGGUGUUUUGGGGCGAUAAUGAUCAAAAGUCAUUGCACUUGGAGGUGGUCGAUGACAUUAAACAAGUUCUGGACGAACACAAUGUAUUGGUUAAAUCAUUUUGA